AAGAUCCUGUAACUUAUAUAGGAAAGCCCUAAGUUGAAAAAAAAAAAAACAUCCAUACAGACACUUCUGAUAUUUCAUCCUCUGCGUGACCUCUUACUCCAUGACAAAAGUACAUCAUGUUUACUUUUAGGAUUGUAGUCUUUGUUGGGGGCAGUGGCAGUCUAUUUUUUGACCAUCAUACAGUACAUGAGGAGUCUGGUUUAACUAACUGGAUGCUGGAUAGAUUUGGCAUCAGGCUCCUGUAGGCCUCUUAACAUUCUCCACGCAUGCCUGAAUGUCCCUGAUCAUGCAUGAGUACAGAAAAGUCACACUUUUCUUCAUUCGGUUUCUCAAUAUCAACCAGUAAACUCCACCAUAGUAUAUGAGUCCCACUGGGGCGGGUGAGCUCUGAAUGCAGUGCAUGGAUGUUUGAGUCUGGUGUUGAUAUGCCACGAGAGGCGGGCGCUAUUUAAAGCCAGAUCUAUGACCUGCAACUGCACUCAGUCAUGCCAGUCUCUUCACUUGUCUCUGUGUGUUGGUGAUUCCCGUAUCCUGCUUGCUGGGCAUGUUUGCCACCCAUAGAAGCAGUCUGACUGAGUUGCGGGUCGGGCACACCGGCCGCCGCCUCAGCCGCCAACACAGUGUCCCAUCUGAACAGGUACCAAAAAAUGGCCCGCCGGGAAACAGCGUGCGGAGAAGCAGCAGCAUUAGCAGCAGUAAGUUGCUUUCCCUGUCCUUCAGCGAGAGCAUGCGGAGCGACAUCGACCGAUACCUGUCCGACCAGGGCCUGUACCCUCUGAGGCAGGGUGGGGGGGAGAUGGGGGAGAUUCGGAGCCUGCGUGAGGUGCGGGCAGCCGCCCAACUCAAAAACCUGGAGGACUUUCUGAGGUCCAAUGGAGUGUCCCUGCAGGAGUCCAUCUCCUUCCAGACUGGCAUGAGGUACAGGAACCUCGGGAAAUCUGGCUUACGGGUAUCAUGUCUAGGGCUGGGGACUUGGGUAACUUUUGGUGGACAAAUCACUGAUGAGAUUGCUGAGCAGCUGAUGACGCUGGCGUAUGAGAACGGCAUCAAUCUGUUUGACACCGCUGAGGUGUACGCGGCAGGGAAGGCUGAAAUGGUCCUCGGCAGUAUCAUCAAGAAGAAAGGAUGGAGACGUUCCAGUUUGGUCAUCACCACAAAAAUUUACUGGGGUGGAAAAGCAGAAACAGAGAGAGGCCUAUCUAGAAAACACAUCAUAGAGGGUCUAAGGGCAUCACUGGAGAGACUUCAGUUAGAAUAUGUGGAUGUAGUGUUUGCUAACAGACCUGACCCCAACACGCCAAUGGAAGGAGAUCCAUUUAACACUUCAAAAUCAAGAACAUUCAUCAUAGAAGAGACGGUUCGAGCAAUGACGCAUGUGAUAAACCAGGGUAUGGCUAUGUACUGGGGGACAUCCCGCUGGAGCUCCAUGGAGAUUAUGGAAGCGUAUUCAGUGGCUCGACAGUUCAAUCUGAUCCCUCCUGUCUGUGAGCAGGCCGAAUAUCACAUGUUUCAGAGAGAGAAGGUGGAAGUACAGCUGCCUGAACUCUUCCAUAAGAUAGGUGUGGGUGCCAUGACGUGGUCUCCACUGGCGUGUGGCAUCAUCUCAGGGAAGUAUGACAGUGGUGUGCCUCCUUGUUCCAGAGCCUCCCUCAAGGGCUACCAGUGGAUGAAGGACAAGAUCCUGAGUGAGGAAGGCCGCCGUCAGCAGGCGAAGCUGAAAGAGUUGCAGGCCAUUGCGGAGCGGCUGGGCUGCACACUGCCUCAGCUGGCCAUCGCUUGGUGUCUGAGGAACGAGGGUGUGAGUUGUGUUUUGCUGGGGGCGUCCAGCACCGAUCAGCUCAUGGAGAACAUUGGAGCAAUUCAGGUUCUUCCAAAAUUAUCGUCCUCGAUUAUACAUGAAGUGGACAGUAUCCUAGGCAACAAGCCCUACAGUAAAAAGGACUAUCGGUCCUAAUAGAAAAGUCAAUAAUGGCACUGUGUCAACCUGCUUCUCUCUCUGAGCUUUGACUGAACUAAACAUUGGCACACAGGACCAGCACUGUCACCGGUCCUGCAGGAGACGCCAAACCGCACACUACCUGGAGCCUGAGAAGAGCCUACAGCGCACAGGCAUAGGGAAAGCAUGCUCACGAACAAAUACAGCUCGAACCGGCUGAAUAUGCAGAAUGCCGCUCCAAAAACACCACCAAAAAAAAACCAUCAAACUCGCUGUCUCUGAUCCUUCCUCCCCUUGUAGAACACACUGAGAAGUGCAGUAUUAGGGAAUACUAGAAAUGCAUGAGAUCCACUGGCCAGUGCACAUGCUUUUUAUCUGCGUUCUGGAAGACUAAUAUAUUUGCAAGCUUAAUGGGAAAUAAUAAUGAAAGCGAUGAAGCACUUUAGUUACUGGAUGUAGAAAGUUGAACUAAUCAAGGCUGUUGGAUGUUAUUUAUCUCUAGUUUUAUACGGAAACAUCUCUGAAUCAAUAGCCAAUAUAUUGCUCGUUUACAAGAUCGCAUUUAUAUUGCUAUAGCUGUAUCGUUUAUGGAUGCUUUUUAGUUAUAGAAAGAGGAAGCCAUUGUAAAUUGUAUGUAAUACUGUAAGUAGACAGACGUUAGAUUUGGGUUGGGAGAUUGUAGGAAAUAUUAAAGGGAUAGUUUGUUGAAUAAUGAA